GAUGAGUAGUUAUCCCAAUAGAAGUACAGAACCAGAGGUAGGUACGUAGGUAAAUUGGGUUGUUAGGGUUUCAAAAUCCCCGCCAAAUUUCUCCUCCUCGUUCAAUGGCUGCUCUCGAUAACGACAAAUCCCCCAACUCAUCCCCUCCGCUGCACCAGGUACCAGCACUACACUCCGACUCAGUUUCCGGCAUUACUCCGAAACGCCCUUCAUCGGAGAUCCCAAACGCCAAGGACUCCAUAGCUUCUAUAGCCUCCAAGGUCUCUUCCCAGCCUCUCCAGAACUACGAUCCUCAUGUUUGGGGCGUCUUGACCGCCAUUUCCGACAAUGCUCGCAAACGCCCUCAGGGGAUAAAUAUGAUUUUGACUUCGGACGAGCAUUACAUUGGGAGAGUGGUGGAGGAUUCGCGGUUCCAGAUUGAGUCGUAUUCGGUUAGUGCGAAGCAUUGCGUGAUUUUUCGGAAGAAGGUCGCUAGGGAAGACGACAAAGAAUCAUCGAAUUGCAACACUUCCGUCUUUUUGAAAGAUACUAGCACUAAUGGGACAUAUAUCAAUUGGAAGAAGGCAAAGAAGGGUAGCCUAGAAGAAGUUCGUCAUGGCGAUAUUAUUUCAUUAGCAGCUCCUCCUCAACAUGAAGUUGCAUUUGCAUUUGUAUAUCGGGAAGUUCUUACCCCUGUUGGUAAAGAUGGUGCAAUUUCUAAAAGAAAAGCAGAGGAACUUGUUGCUGAAAACAAGAGACUAAAAGGUAUUGGCCUUGGUGCUCCAGAGGGUCCUAUAUCUCUUGAUGAUUUUCGAAGUCUACAACGAUCUAACACAGACUUGAGGAAGCAAUUAGAGAAUCAGGUUAUUACAAUAGAUAAACUACAAAAUGAGAAUCGUGCAAUCAUUGAACGGCAUGAAAAUGAAAUGAAAGAGAUGAAAGAAUCAAUUUCAAAAUCUUAUGCUGACCAACUCAAAGAGUUACAUCAUAUGGUAGAAAUCAAACAAAAUGAGCUGGUGGAGGUCAAUAGAAUCUCUGCUGAGCAAAAGCAUGCCAUAGAAGACCUUAAUGAAAGGCUGAGUGCUUCUACGCAGUCGUGUAAUGAAGCAAAUGAAAUAAUGAACAGUCAGAAAGCGUCUAUAGCAGAACUCAAGGAACAGUUAGAUGAAGAACGAGAACAAAGAAGAGAAGAACGAGAAAAGGCUGCAGCAGAUCUAAAAACAGCAGUGCAGAGAGCUCUAUCAGAGGCUGAGGAGGAAAUAAAACGAUCAUCUGAUGCUGCCUUAAGACGAGAAAGAGAGCAACAAGAAGUGAUUAAUAAACUUCAGGAGUCAGAGAGAGACAGGUGUUUACUGGUGGAAACUUUGAGAUCCAAACUGGAAGACACCAGGCAAAAGUUAGUUGUCUCUGAGAAUAAAGUUCGCCAGCUAGAAACCCAAGUUUGUGAAGUGCAAUCGGCCUCUGAAAGUGGGAAGAAAAGAGUGGAAGAGCUUGAGCUCAAAUCAAAACAAUUGAGGAAAGAGCUUGAGAGUGAAAAGCAGGCAGCUCGAGAGGAAGCAUGGGCUAAAGUUUCUGCCCUUGAACUUGAGAUAAAUGCCGCAAUGCGGGAUCUUGAUUUUGAGAGACGAAGGUUAAAAGGUGCCAGAGAAAGAAUCAUGCUUCGGGAAACUCAGCUUAGAGCAUUUUAUUCCACAACCGAGGAGAUCUCAGUGCUGUUUGCUAAGCAGCAGGAGCAGUUGAAGGCAAUGCAGAGGACUCUGGAAGAUCAAGAAAAUUAUGACAAUACAUCAAUUGAUAUCGACCUCAAUCUGCCUGUUGGGGAUAUAAACAGAAGCCAACACCUUGAAGAAGCAGCAACUGAAGACCCUACUAAUAGAGUUACCAAAGCAGGCUCGUCUGCUCGGGGGAUUGGCAUAAUUCAAGUUGAAACUUCGAGUGAUGAAGCCAGUGUUACUGAGAAGCAUGAUUGUGGUGUUGGAAGCCAAGGAGGCCACCAAAAUACUCAAGAGGCAGAAGAAUUUACAAGCGCAGCGGACAACCGUGUCAAGGGUGGCUUUGGUUCUGAUAUAGAUGGAGUUGGAACUGCACCAGUUGGAGACGGAGAUGAUGUUGGCACCGAACAAGUUCCUGAAACUGAAAGUCCCGGAAUCAGUGAACAAAAUAUUGAUCUGAACAAGAGUGGCAAUUUCCAAGGAGAUACCAUGCAACUUGACGAAGAAGCCCACCUACAAGAAGCCGAUGAGCAGGGUCAAAUGAGUUGUCAAGGAGAAACUUUGAGAAAUUCCGAGACUAAUAGUCCCUUGGAAAAUCAAAAGGGCAUGGAAGAUACAGAAGCUGGAGGCACAAUCGGGACGGCAGAUCUUCUAGCUUCUGAAGUUGCUGGUAGCUGGGCCUGCAGCACAGCCCCUUCUGUCCAUGGAGACAAUGAUUCUCCAGGUAGAGACGACAACGACGGAGCCAGUGCCACCCUACAUGACUCCAACUUGCAGGUGGCUGAGAGCCAAAGUAACCCAUCAUCUGAGGCGGCUCUUGUGAGAUGGAAUCAUGAACGUCAAGCAUUGUGUGAAAUGAUUGGAAUUGUUGCUCCUGAUUUGAAGGAGCAGUUUGGUGGUGGUAUGAGUGAAGAUAGGAGUGAAGAUAAUGAUCAACAGGGAGGAUCGAACUCAGAUACUGAGAGUUGCUCGGACAAUGAUGAAGAGAAGAGGGCUGAUACAAAAGGUGGAUCGAUAUCAGAUGCAGAGACUGUGGGUAGUUACCAAGACGAUGAGAACCAAAAACUGAAUGAUGCAAUGGAUGAAGAUAAAUAAGUUACACAAGAAGAUAGUCUUGCAUAGUUCUUGCGUGUAUAUGUAUGUGUGUGAGAUAAAGAAGUUACAAAGAUUUGUUU